AUGGCAGGGGAUGUAUGUGACCAGGUAUCAAGUGGGAAGUCCCUUCGAUCCAUUCUGCAAAGAUUUGCUGACAGAACAUCCAUGCAGGGUGUGUCCUUUCUCAGAACCUCCCGGAGUUGGUACGCAAGGGUAAUUUGGAGUUCUCUCCUCCUGACGUCUUUGGCAAUGCUGUUUUAUCACCUGACCUACCUGAUACAGAUCUACUACAGUUGGCCAAAACACACAUCGAUGAGCAUAGGGUUCAGCCCAUUGCCUUUCCCAACUAUAACCAUCUGCAACACCAACCCCGUGAGGUUGAGCCAAAUGAAGAAUGUAUCCAGGGAACUGAAAAUGUUCUUCGAGAAGACCAACCCUAACUAUCUCGCUCAAGAACUAGAGAGAGAGAAUCGUAAGACGAUUCUCGAAAACACAGCGUCGUUUGGAUUAAUCAACAUUAACUUUACCACCGUGGACUACUUCACGCAGAUGUCGAACAUUCAAACGCGGGAGCAAGGGAGGGAAAUGGGUCUCAAUGAAAGUUCAACCUCUGCCAACAUUCAGAUUGAAUUCCAGAACCUGUUUAUGAAAGAGACACGGCAGAGGAGGAUAGCUAUUGGACAUCAACUGGACGACAUGAUGAUGGAUUGCUCCUUCGCCUGCCAAACAUGUAGUCAAAGGCAUUUCAUUAGGAAAACGUCGUCCACAUUCGGGAACUGCUACACCUUGGAGCACACGAAGUUCGUCAGCAAGAGGAGUGGUCCGACACAUGGUCUGCAACUUAUUUUGAACCUGGAGAACUAUGAACAACUGGAGGGUAUCACGACGGGUAACGGGUUCCAGCUGGUAGUCAACCCCCACGGCAUGCUGCCCUUCCCAGUCCAUGAUGGGAUCACCAUAGAUGCUGGAAAGGAAACGAAUAUAGCUUUGAAGAAGGUGGCGAUCCACCGACUGGGCGCUCCCAAAUGGGACUGUGAAGACGGGGAGAUGUUUCGACGCAAAUACAACAUCACCUACUCCGUGCAGACUUGCCAGCUGCUGUGUGAGCACGAGAUGAUCUCCAACACGUGCAAGUGUUAUCACGUGUCGGAGGAGGAGAUGAUCAUACUCAUGAACACCACUAAAGCUUACCCGGCAUGCCGGACUAAGAAACAGGUUCGCUGUGUGCUGGACCAGAUGGCAUUGUUUGAGACCACGACACAAAACUGCAGUUGUGGGAAUCCUUGCAGAGAAACAAAGUACGAGAAGAGGUUAUCCUCCCGACAAUGGCCUUCGCACAGCUAUGCGAACGUGCUGAAACAGAAGCGUUGCAAGGUGAUCUCCGCUGCCGACUGCGCAAAGCUGAACAUCCCUCCAACGGACCUAAGUUUAAACUUCGCUAAACUGAACAUCUUCUACGAAGACCUCAACUACGAAGUAAUGAAAGAGGAACCAGAUUAUGAGCUGACCCAGUUCGUGUCUGACGUUGGAGGUACCCUUGGCCUCUGGGUUGGAUUAUCCGUCCUCAGUAUAUUCGAGCUCGUGCAGCUGCUCCUCGAGUUAUCCACGUUUGCCACGUGCAGCGCGUGCAGGGCGAACGGCCCGGAUGAUGACACCCAGAAGUUGAAGGAGAAAAAGCCACCUGACUUUCUUCCUUCCUACCCAUCCAACCCAACCGGUCACAUUUCCGGCUUUUCGGGCUACUGA